UUAAAACACCGGCAUACCGACGGCGGUACGUGCUAUACCUACGUACGGUUUCCAUUUGUGUCCGCCCCUGUCAAUUACGUACUGGACUUGCUUGGUGGUGAUGGACAUGGGUGGCAGCCCGAGAAAGCAGCACGGCGGCGUCGGCGGCAGCCACUCGGCCUCGUUCCUCCUCGGGGCUCUCCUCCCCACGAUCCUGCUCUUCUUCCUCGCCUCCGACCGGGUCGGCGAGCGGCUGGCCAGCAUCUCCAGCUUGGGCAACAACGAUGGAUCAUCAGCUGCUCAUCAGCAGACGACCCACGCUAACCACACGGGCACGGAGGAGAGGCUGUUCCCGGGGCUGGCGGAGCUGCUGCCGAGGGUGGCCACGGACGACGGGACGGUGAUCAUCACGUCGGUGAACGAGGCGUGGUCGCGGCCGGGCUCCCUCCUCGACCUCUUCCGCGAGGGGUUCAAGAACGGGGAGGGCAUCGCGCACCUCCUCAGCCACACCCUCAUCGUCGCCGUCGACGCCGGCGCGCUGGCGCACUGCGAGGCCGUGCACCCGCACUGCUACCUCCUCGAGGUCACCGCCGCCGACGUCAGCUCCGCCAACCGCUUCAUGACCAAGAGCUACCUGGAGCUCGUGUGGGCCAAGCUGGAGCUCCAGCAGCGCGUCCUCCAGCUCGGCUACAGCUACCUCUUCACCGACGUCGACAUCAUGUGGCUGCGCAACCCGUUCCGGCACAUCAGCCUCUACGCGGACAUGGCCGUCUCCACCGACCGGUUCAACGGCGACGCCGAGGCCCUGACCAACGCGCCCAACACGGGCUUCUACUACGUCAGGUCCACCAACCGCACGGUGGAGAUGCUGCGGCGGUGGCGGGCGGCGAGGUCGCGGUUCCCGCCGACCCACGACCAGGCGGUGUUCGACGAGAUCAAGGGCGAGCUGGCUGCCGGCGAGCUACGGAUCAGGUUCGUGUUCCUGGAGACGGCGCUCUUCGACGGCUUCUGCCAGCUCCACGGCGAGAUGGACCGGGUGUGCACCAUGCACGCCAACUGCUGCAUCGGGCUCGAGAACAAGGUGCACGACCUCAGGAACGUCGCCGCCGACUGGAAGAACUACACGAGCAUGGCGCCGCCGGAGAGGACGGGCGGCGGGCGUAGGUGGACGGCCCCCGCCCAGUGCGAGGCGUCCAUGAGGCAGCGCUGACCAAGUCCGGCCGUGUGCAUGCAUGCACCGACGGUAAAGCAGUAGAGUACUGCAAAUCAGCCCUGUAAAUCUCAAAUGACUAGAAAAUCGAUCAAUUUUUUUGUGGGAUUUGACUAGAUCUAAAAUUUAAUGAGGAUGUGCAAAAGGACUUGUCUCAA